AUGCGUUUCUCAAAGGCAAUGGUGGGAGCUGGGCUCCUUACCGGAACGUCGGCUCAACUCCACUCCCUCGCUGUCGCUGCUGGCAAGCUUUACUUCGGUUCAGCCACUGACAAUGGCGAAAUCACCGAUACUGCGUACCGGGCAAUCCUAGAUAAUGCCGAUGAGUUUGGGCAGAUCACACCCGGCAACGGACAGAAGUGGCAGUUUACUGAACCAACUCAAGGCCAGUUCAGCUACACGUCCGGAGACGCGAUUGCCGCCUUGGCUAAAGAGAAUAACCAGCUCCUGCGAUGCCACACGCUGGUCUGGCACUCACAGCUGCCAUCCUGGGUCUCGGGUGGCUCUUGGACAGAGGCGGAGCUGACAUCAAUUAUUGAAACGCACAUUAGCAACGUCGUUGGUCAUUACAAGGGUGCUUGUUACUCUUGGGACGUCGUCAACGAGGCACUGAACGAAGAUGGGACGCUGCGGGACAGCAUCUUUUCCAAGGUCCUCGGAUCUUCCUUCAUUGGUAUUGCGUUCCACGCAGCCGGCCAGGCUGACCCAGACGCCCUGCUGUACUACAAUGACUACAACCUGGAAUGGACUGGAUCGAAGAGCAAGGCCGUCAUCAACACCGUCAUCCCUGCCAUCAAGGCCGCGGGCGCCGAAAUCGACGGUGUAGGUUGCCAGGCGCAUCUCAUCGUUGGCUCAGUCCCGUCGCGCGCGGACUUGGCUGCCACCCUCAAAAGCUACAUCGACGCAGGUGCCCGUGAGGUGGCAUACACCGAGCUGGAUAUCCGCUUCUCUAGCCUCCCACCCACUGAUGAUGGCCUGAAGACGCAAGGGGAUGCCUAUGCUGAUGUUGUUGGAGCGUGCCUUGAUGUAGAGGAGUGUGUUGGUAUUACCAUCUGGGACUACACAGACAAAUACAGUUGGAUUCCGAGCGUGUUCCCGGGCUCUGGAGCCGCUCUGUUGUAUGAUGAGAAUCUGGAGAAGAAGCCAGCAUGGACAAGCGUGAGCAGUAUUCUUGCUGCUGCAGCAACUCAGGCUUGUUAA